GACAAAACACUUCCGGCCCCUGCUCUUCGACCCCGUUCAUUUAUUAACUGUCAACUUCCGGUUGAUCCUUCUUUUCGGCAACGGCUACAAACUCGCCAACAUGCCACUCGCAAAGGACCUGUUGCACCCAACCUCCGAGGAGGAGAAGAGAAGUCACAAGAAGAAGCGUCUUGUACAGAGCCCUAACUCGUAUUUUAUGGAUGUCAAAUGUCCAGGAUGCUAUAAGAUCACGACAGUGUUCAGUCACGCCCAGACGGUCGUGCUGUGUGUCGGAUGCUCCACAGUCCUGUGUCAACCUACAGGGGGUAAAGCACGCCUCACAGAAGAUCGAUGUGCCUCAUCGUGGAGUCUGACAUUCACAGCAGCACCAUGCAAUGCACCCUGGACUGACGAAGCAGACACAGGAGGAAUGUGUUAGACCCUCUGUUAAAUUACACAUUUCGAUGAUGCUCAUUCAGGAGAAAACAGCACUAGACUCUCAGCAAUGGAGCUUGUUGGAUCGAGAGACCCAAGGGAGGAGAGACGGGAUUGACCCCACAGUGACCCUGCUCAGGAAGUGACAACGCGAGAGGAAAAGUGGAGAUGAAACUGAAGAAGAGGAAAGAUGGUGUUGAGCUCUGUUUUGUGUACGUAGAGAAAACGUCCCCUGGCAUGAUGACAUCACUCCUCCAUCGGCCUUUCUCUCACUUCUUAAUAAAGUUUAGUUUUUUCGUUAAAGAA